UAUUGCUCGCUCGUCUUCUCUUCUUCGUUUCUCUGUCCUUUCGGUUCUUGCACUAAAUUCCUUCGUAAACGGCGGCCGCCACUGCCACCAGUGACGAUUGAUCCGGGGAAUCCAUCAAUGGCGGCGGCGCUUUCGGAGCUUGAUGAAGACACUGUGCGCAGCAUGGCGGUCGGAGCUGUGUUCAACGACUUCGGAGGGAAGAUAAACUCGGUUGAUUUCCAUCGUAAAGAUGAUUUGCUGGUGACGGCGAGCGACGAUGAUUCUGUUCGCCUGUACGACAUUGCAAGCGCCAAGUUACUGAAGACUACAUUUCAUAAGAAGCAUGGAGCUGACCGCAUUUGCUUUACUCACCAUCCUAGCUCUGUGAUUUGCUCUUCCAAAUACAAUUUGGAGACUUCUGGAGAAUCCUUAAGGUAUCUAUCGAUGUAUGAUAACCGAUGUCUUCGGUAUUUCAAAGGACACAAUGACAGGAUUGUCUCCCUAUGCAUGUCUCCCAUCAACGAUAGCUUCAUGUCUGGUUCUCUCGAUCACAGCGCCCGAAUAUGGGAUCUGCGUGUUAACGCAUGCCAGGGAAUCUUACGGCUGAGAGGUCGACCAACAGUUGCGUAUGAUCAACAAGGUCUCGUCUUUGCUGUGGCUAUGGAAGGGGGUGCUAUCAAAUUGUUCGAUUCUCGUUCCUAUGACAAGGGGCCUUUCGAUACAUUUCUAGUUGGGGGAGACACUGCUGAGGUCUGCGAUAUCAAGUUCAGCAACGAUGGGAAGUCCAUGCUGUUGACAACAAGCAAUAAUAACGUUUAUGUGCUUGAUGCAUAUGCAGGAGAAAAGCGCUGUGGAUUCAGCAUGGAACCGUCUCCAAACACAACCAUAGAGGCGACUUUUACCCCGGAUGGCCAGUAUGUAGUAUCAGGUAAUCCACCUUCCUCAUUUCCUUUUCAUCUCCCCAACGAAAGACACCAUAACUUUUCUCUUUUCAAGCUCAACCACUACGAUUUCAUGUUCUUGUUAGGCUCGGGAGAUGGGACAUUGCGUGCUUGGAACAUCAACAAACCAAACGAGCCGGUGGCAUGCUGGAGCAGCCAUAUAGGUGUUCCAUCUUGCUUGAAAUGGGCUCCUCGACGGGUAAUGUUCGUCGCUACAUCUUCCGUUCUUACGUUCUGGAUCCCCGAUACUACCAAACCAUCAUCGUUGGCAGAGGCACCAGCACCACCAGUCGAGGGCGGCAGUGGAGCCAUGCCCAACCAUCCUCCCCUGUGACCCUUUUUCAUGUCUUGUUCUUCCCAGUUAAGAGGCUGAUCAGUAGUUUUAUCUCUUGGGUCCUCACUUUUGUAGAGGAUCAAGAGUUGUUGUAAUAGUUCGGUUUCAUCACCAACUAAACGGAAACAGGGGAAACAGAGUCGAACAGUAGAAAGGAGGAAAACAGAGCGAUUCAGAAAAAAACUAAACCACCAAAUGUUGCUUGCUUACAUUCACAACCCAGAAAGAAAGGAAGAAAGCGAGAAAAGACCUUAAAAAACUCAUCAAACUACACGCAAAAUAAACCCAACUCCGGAAUUCCAAGCAGCAUCCCAUCUCGGAUCUUCUUCGUCGUUCCUUCAUUUCGUCUCCUGAGCUUUCCUCUGGAUCUCCUGCCCGACCUCCUUGGUCUUCUGCCCGGCAUACCCAGCUGCAUCCUGCAUGCGCCUCUUGGCCUGCUCCAUAGUCUCCGGCACAGCCUGGCUCGCAUUCGGAGCAAUAGCACGCACAGCUUGCCGUAGGUACAUAGCAAACCACGACAACGCGGUCAGCCCCGUGGCCCCAGCAAGCCCCGAGGUCAAGAAAGCGGUGACGGCAAACGCAACGAGCAGAGCCGCAGGGACGAUCACGGGGCUGCAGAUGAUGAACACGGGAGUGGCGACAGCCAAUCCGAUGAGAGUCCCGACGAGGAUUAUCCCGGCCAGCGCCAGGAGAGUGCCGCCAACGGGGAGCAUGGUGACGACUGCAAGCACCUUUGAAGGUGAAGGUCCUGUUCUCUGGUGUGGGUCGCCCUUGAGGCCGCCUCCAUAACGGCCUCCGCCACCAUAAGCAUCGAAGCGGUGCUGCUGUCCACGAUCCCCCAUUGUCGCCAUUUUUUCUUUUGCGGGUAUAAAGCUUGAGCCUUUACAAGAAGAAUAAAGAGCUUUGGAAGGUUUUUAGAUGAAUGAUGAGAGGAAUCGGUGAGAGGGAGUUAUACAGUGAGUGAAGGAGGGGAGAGUGACACGUAGAGAGGUGAGAUGGCGAGCAAGCGGUUUGCAU